CUCGCACAAUAUUCUCCAGAUUGAUUCAUUCAAGAAAAUCACGAAACCAAGCCCAAAUCCUAGAACAGCCCACAGAGAUUAUUACCGUUGACAGCUAGGAAACUCCGACAGAAGAAGGUGACUGACCGUUGAUCUCCAUGGCAGACAAGGGUGAGGAAGAGCAAGACACAGCGGCGCCGCGGCCGCUGCCGCCCUCGUAUUACUUGGUGUUCCUCAGAAUCAUGAGCAAAAGGAGAACCUGGGUAUGUAUUUUUGUGCUAGUCUAUGCGAUCCUCUUAACUAGCUCAUGGAAUUUCCUCAAAUCCAUACUCUCCUGGUACAAAUUACAAGGCCAGCCUUCGCCGUCGUCAUAUGGGUGGCCCGCCCUCUACGCCUCCGUGCUCCUCGGCGCUGUUUUCGGGCUGCUCUCCAUGUUUGCAGCGCUGGCUGUGAUGGUGCCCGCCACUCUGGUUACGUGGAUUGCGAUUGUGGUUCUCUUGGCCUUCUUCGGGAAGCCCAGGACGAGUUUGGUCGUCGAAGGCAGGAAGAUUACUAGAGAGAUUGUUGGGAUUGUGUUCAAGAUUUUGUUGAAGGAAGGUAAUUUGGUGGCUGCUGUUUGUGCUAUUGUGGGCUAUUUUGCACUUUUCAGGAGGAAUGGGAAUGCUACCCCUGACCUCAUUGACUGAAUUUCUUUGCUAAUUUUGGUGGCUGUGGAGGAGGUUUCAAGGGUUUAGAGUUUGGUAAAGUUUCCCUUUCUUGCUCUGAGAAUUGAGAGAGGGUAGAGCUCUGAAAUUUGCUGUAACAUUAUACUUGUUUCCAUUUUAUUCUAUUUUGUCAUCUCACUGGUUUGUGUGAUCUGCUAUAUUUCUCCUUCCCCAAUCCAUCAAUUUUGUACCCUAUAAUUUUUAUAUCAAGGGUGAAUGUUUCCACGUAA